AUGUUUUUUAUUUCUUAUUGUUGCUUUUCUUUUCUUUCUUCUUUCCCUCUUUCUCUUCGUCACGUCUUUAAAGUUUCUUAUUUCUGCUUCUCUAAAUACGCUGUCGUUCAUUUUAUCUUCUUCUACUUCUCUAUAAUCCUCUUCAAAGACACGUUCGCAUCCUUCGUAAUCUUCUUUAAAUGCAAUUUUUCUUCUUGCUGUUGGUUUUCGUUUUCAUAUGCAUUCUUUUUACAUCCUCCUUAUUCUUCUUCUUCUUCAUUUUGGUCUUCAAAUGUCCUUUCUUUAUCCCUCUUAUUCUCCCACUUCUUCAAAUAUAUUUCUUCUUCAACUUCGUCUUCAAAUGAACUUUCUUUCUCUUAUCCUCCUUAUCGUUAUUUUCUUCUUCUUGUAUAUUUUCGAUAUCAUGAAAAUCUUGUCAAAUUUCCAGCUAUUAUAUUUUCCAUCUAUCAGACUCCAGUAAUGUCGAUGUCAUGUUAG